CCCCUCCCGGCUCCCCCCACCGGCUUCCCCCGCCCCCGUCCCCCCCCAGCCCCGCCGAGCCGCCCCGGUCCCCGCCGCCAGCCGCCCGCAGCCGGAGCCGCGCACGGACAUGCACACUCUUCUGCUCGUGUGGGCCUUCCUUUUCUUUGGAGUCAUCAAUUCCAGUACAGUCCCAGGAAAGUUCUUUGGGGAGAUCAGAUCCCCUGGUUAUCCCAAGCCGUAUCCCAACAAUAACAUCAGCGUCUGGGACAUCCAUGUCCCAAAAGGCUAUGUGGUGAAGCUGACCUUCAUGUAUUUUGACCUGGAGCCAUCUGAGUCCUGCUUCUAUGACUAUGUUAAGAUCAAAGCAGACAAGAGGAACUUGGGCCGAUACUGUGGCCGGCUUGAGUCACCCACAGGCAAUCACCCAGGAAGGAAGGAGUUUGUGUCUAAGGGGAACAGGAUGCACCUGGCGUUUCACUCCGAUUUCUCCAACGAAGAAAACGGCACGGUGAUCCCCUACAGGGGCUUCCUGGCCUAUUACCGAGCUGUGGAUCUUGAUGAAUGUGGCCCUAACUACGCUGCUGAGACAGAAGAAAGGCCUCGGUGCCAGCACUUUUGCCACAACUAUGUGGGUGGCUACUUCUGUUCUUGCCGGGCUGGCUACCAGCUUCAGAGUGACCACCACUCCUGCAAAGUGGAGUGCAGCAGCCAGUUGUUCACAGAGGCAGCUGGGUACCUGAGCAGCCCGGAGUACCCCCAGCCUUACCCUGAGGACCUCCAGUGUAACUACAGCAUCCGUCUGCAGAAGGGCCUGUCUGUCAUCCUCAAGUUCUUGGAUCCCUUUGAGAUUGAUGACCACCAGCAAGUCCACUGUCCUUAUGACCAGCUCAAGAUCCAAGCACGUGAGAGAGAGAUUGGUGAAUUCUGUGGCAAGGAGUCACCCGGCAUCAUUGAAACCAACAGCAAUGAGGUGGACAUACUCUUCCUCACUGAUGAGUCGGGGUUCAGCCGUGGCUGGAAGAUCCACUACACCUCGGAGAAAAUACGGUGCCCGCAGCCUGUCCCACAGGAUCAGUUCACCAUCAUCAGGGACCUUCAGCCUGUGUAUCAAUUUCAGGACUAUUUCAUCGUCAGCUGCAAGACUGGGUAUAACCUGGUGGAGGGGCACCGAAAGCUGCUGUCCUUUACGGCUGUCUGCCAGGCAGAUGGAACAUGGCACCAGUCCAUGCCCCACUGUGAAAUUGUGAACUGUGGCGACCCUACACCCCUGAGCAACGGGGCAUUCAGCUAUGUCAACAAGCCUGCAGACAACACCUACCAGUCGGUGAUCACAUACCGAUGCAAUGAGCCAUAUUAUCGCAUUGUCACCAGAACAGGUGGCGACACAUUCACCUGCUCUCCUGAGGGAACCUGGGUGGAUCGAGAUGGCCAGAUGAAGAUUCCUGCCUGUUUGCCAGUGUGCGGGAAGCCGGUCAACCCCGUUACUGAAGUCCAGCGGAUCUUGGGUGGCAAGUCGGCAAGGAGAGGCAACUUCCCUUGGCAGGCUCUGACUGGCAUCCAUGGGCGAGGGGGUGGCGCGCUCCUGGGCGACCGCUGGAUCCUGACUGCCGCCCACACCAUCUUCCCCAAAGGGGCUGGGGGGAGCAAUGUCAGCCUGGAGCAGCUGGCAGAGGAGGCUAACAUUUUCCUCGGCCACAACAAGGUAGAAGAGCUCCACAAGAUGGGUAACCACCCUGUACGUAGGAUCUUUAUCCAUCCAGAUUACAACCCCAGUGAUGAGUACAACUUCAAUGGGGACAUAGCCCUGCUGGAGCUGAAACACCCAGUGACCCUGGGCCCUACCGUACUGCCCAUCUGUCUCCCAGAUACCACCAACACCACGUUCUACGUGGAUGGGCACAUGGGCUACGUGAGCGGGUUUGGUGUGGAAAAAAAUUUCAUUUCAAAUCAUUUGAAGUAUGUGAGCCUGCCAGCUGUUGCUCGAGAGGAGUGUCAGAGGUGGCUGGACAGUAAGAAGGGACAUGUACCUAUGGUUUUCUCUGAGAACAUGUUCUGUGCUGGCUUCCUCAGAGACAAGCGAGACACCUGCCAGGGGGACAGUGGGAGUGUCUACACGGUGCUAGAUGCAGAAAGUGGUCGCUGGGUGGCUACUGGUAUUGUUUCUUGGGGUAUCGGCUGUGCUGAAGGUUAUGGCUUCUACACCAAGAUCCUCAACUACUUGGACUGGAUCAAAGGGAUAGCAGGGGAGGACAGGCUCUAGACACUGCUCUGUCCUGCUAGCUGAAGAAUCACCAACAACAUGUAAAUUUCCAGACACAGAAAAUCGUAUCUAAAGCUUUGGAUGAUGUACCAAAAGCUUUCCAAACACACAGACUAUGUCUGAAAGCCACCACACUGUUUGAUAAAUUUUUGGUGGCACCAUCAAAACUUACCAAAGCUGUUGUACCACUGGCGGCCUGUGGGAUGCCUCUGAGGACGCUCUCGUUCUUCCAGAUCUUAUUACUGGAUGAAGCCUUAAUAAUAUCAUGAAAUCUCAGGACAGCAAACCUAUUCUUGUUUGAAGCGCUCACGAUACCAUCAGACUGCUGCAAUCUACUGCUGUACUCUGUGGUGUGGGAGGGCUGCAGGGCAGCAGACUUUCCUGAAGGAUGUGGUUCUUUGUGCCGAGUACAGCAUACAUAUGCCCAUUGGCAUCAGUGAGAUUCUACAAAUAUUAAAAUCAUUGCUGGAGAAA